GGCCUCCCACCUGCCCGGAGCUGGCUCCAGCUGGGGAGACGACACUCCUGGCGGGCACGGGCCCACGGGCCACGGACACACAGCAUGACACCCCGGAGAGGGGCGAGGAGGAGGAGGAGCAGCGGCGCUUCAGGGCGGGCGGCCACGGGGGCCCGGUCUCGGCCAGAUCACAAGGCGAGCGGCCGGGACUCGGCCAAGGUCACACGGCCGCGGACGGGCGGCCUCGGGACUCGAACCUGGGCCGCGCGCUGCCUGGGGUCGGCCGGGAAGACGUCCCCGGGCCCGCAAUUGAAGAUGAAGGUGGUAAUCCUGAUGAAAUUGAAAUUACCUCCGAGGGAAACAAGAAAGCAUCAAAGAGAUCCAGCAAAGGGCGUAAACCAGAAGAAGAGGGUGUGGAAGAUAACGGACUUGAGGAAAACUCAGGGGACGGACAGGAGGAUGUUGAGACCAGUUUGGAGAACUUGCAGGACAUCGACAUGAUGGAUAUCAGUGUGCUAGAUGAAGCAGAAAUCGACAAUGGGAGCGUUGCAGAUUGUGUCGAGGAUGAUGAUGCUGAUAAUCUCCAGGAGUCCCUGUCUGAUAGCAGAGAACUGGUCGAGGGAGAGAUGAAAGAGCUCACGGAGCAGCUGCAGGAACAUGCUGUAGAGGACAAAGAAACUAUAAACAAUUUAGAUACUUCAUCAUCUGACUUCACUAUAUUACAGGAAAUCGAAGAGCCCUCCCUGGAGCCAGAAAAUGAGAAAAUACUCGACAUUUUGGGGGAAACUUGUAAAUCUGAGCCAGGAAAAGAAGAAGGUUCCGAGCUGGAGCAGCCAUUUGCACAGGAUACAAGUAGCGUGGGGCCAGACAGAAAGCUUGCGGAGGAAGAGGACCUUUUUGACAGCGCCCAUCCGGAGGAGGGUGACUUAGAUUUGGCCAGCGAGUCAACACACGCUCAGGCGGGCGAGGCAGACAGCCUGUUAGCGGUAGUGAAAAGGGAGCCCGUGGAGCAGCCGGGCGAUGGCGGCAGGACGGACUGUGAGCCUGUAGGGCCAGAGCCGGCAGUUGAGCAGAGUAGCGCGGCCUCCGAGAACGCGGAGGCCUCUAGCGAGGAGGUCGCGGAAGCGCCCACGGAAGCCCCAAGCCCCGAAGCCAGAGAUAGCAAGGAAGACGGGAAGAAGUUUGCUUUUGAAGCUUGUAAUGAAGUCCCUCCGGCUCCUAAAGAGUCCUCAGCCAGUGAGGGCGCUGAUCAGAAAAUGAGGUUUGUUUUUUCUCAGUUUUAGACCAGACGCUAUCUCCUUUCCAUUGGUCGUUUAAUGACACACAUAAGCUGUUUUUUCU